AUGUCCCCGAUGAUCCUCAAUCGUCCUUCCGAUGGUCCUGCCAUGGGCCUCUCUCCUACCCAGGAACACGCCUUCGCUCAGUUCCCCUCCCAGUCCUCCCUGCUGGACUCAAACCGACAUGGCUAUCCCGCGAGCCAUAACUCGAUGCUUGCCAAUGGAUCUGCCCAGCCCAUUUUCAACUCUGGCACCGCGUCUAUCGCUACCGCGCCCAGACCAUCUCGCAAGAGGUCGCGUGAUGAUGGUUCAUUUGGAGAAGCUCUAGCCGUGCCCGCGCCGAAGCCCGCCCCAUCUCCUAAAGUAGAGCCCAUCUAUGGCGAGGGAAUGGUCUUAUUGAAUCCUCAGACUGGCAUGGCUCUCUCACCCGAAAGUCAAACUGGUACAUGGUACGAAGAGACGGCCGAGGCGCAAGCUGCCAAAGCGACUCCGGUCUCGUCGGACGCUCUGCAAAUUGAUGCUGCCGAUAUUUCCCGCAAAGCUCAACGACUUGACACUUCCGCCCCGGGUCUCGACGACAUUGCACUUUCUUCGAACCAGCACCGCCUGAAUGGCUCCGAAGCUGAUCAGCACCGUAACCUCACUGGUGGAUCCACGCCACCUGCUGAACCACUCAUUGACGAUGCUACCCAUCUCCUCGGCAUCAGCUGGCAACGCAUGGAUACCGAUAAUGACAUGGCUCCCGCUGUGCGCGGCUGGAUCAAGUACAUCGACAACCAAUACGCCGCCUAUUUACACAACUCGCAGAUGCUCAUGAAAAGCCGCGCUCUAAAUGCCUACCUCGUCGCCGCCACACCCGUCGCUGCAUUCUCCCCUGCCUUCUACCUCUUCAAUGAAGACCUUACCCAAGCUCAACUUGUGGCUUCCUCAUGGGAAUCUUGUCUCCGAAAUCUACGCAACACGCCUAUCAUCUUCGAAGGCGCUCCGAUCGUUGCAUCAAGUCGAUCCAACACUCCUCCUUCCGCUGACCCUUUCAACAACGGCGAGAUAGGCGUGCCUCUUCUUCAGCAAGCCCUCUCAACGCACUCACAUACGCCAUCCGCCAUGGGAGCGGAGCCGAACGAAGGCGUCGACAUGGGAAUGGAGAUCGACUCAUAA